AUUGUAUUCACGUCUAAAUUUACGGCAUCAGAUGGUACUAUUGUUCUGUCGAACCAAAUUGUAUUUAUUUAUUUCAUCAUUCCGAAAUGUGAAGUCCAGAGCGGUCUUAACUCAUCAGGAAUGGCGUCAUCCCAAUCCAGUUUUCGUUGUGAUAAUGUGUGCAGAUUCAGUUUCAAGGAAGCAGUUAGUGGUGUCAAUUUCCUGUUAAAUCAAAGAUUUCUGCCACUUAACCGACACAGAUUCUCCACGUUAACUUUUCUGGAAUGGCUGCCGCAUAUUCUGGUUUUCUUCCUUGAGAUUUUUUGGUGAAAUUGAGUUGUAUAUCCAACUUGAUUUGAUCAUUUUCAGGGUACCACUUUAUUCCUGCAACAGAUAUACUCUCUCCAUCUUCGCUCAAUUUAUCUGCUGGUUUUUGGUUUGAGAACGUAAAACCUUUUAACAUAAAACCUCCAUGACUAAGUACUGUUGUUAAUUCAUCUGCUCUUUGAUAUGCUUGAUUUUGUGUUUUUUCUCCAGAGAGACAAUCGUCAACAUAGAAUUCGUUAUGAAUCAUUUCACAUAUUUCAGGGUAUUCAAAUUCAGAGAGCUUGGCUGUAUCUCUUAAUCCCUUUUCCACUUGAUUUCCGCUGGACUUGACACCAUAUGUAAGGGUUUUAAUUACUUUUUCAACUGGUAGCUUCGUGAUAUCCAAUUCAGAUUGCCAAAUGUAACGUUGCAGACACCACUCUUGCUCUAUUAACUUGACAGUGUUGUAUAUUUUCUGUACAUCUGUAUGAAAAGCGAUUGGAUGACUAAACCAACAAAUGACAAUUUCCAGCAAUUUAUUCAUGUAAUUGGUACCUUUAGCAAGUAUGUCAUUUAAACUUGUUCCACUGUCAGUGGGUUGCGAUGCGUCAAACACAAGUCGACAUGGUGUUGUAAACAAUUUUCCCCUUACAGCACGCCAGGGAAUGAAGUUUUGGAGUUGGUGUUUUAAUGACUGUUGUUGUGUCGGUGUAAGGUUGUGCACAAACUCCACAAAUCCAAGUGAUUGCAUUUUUUUUUUCUGAAUUGAUCACAUCUUCCUUAUCUUUAACAGAUUUGUUAAGUUUUCUGAGUUGACGGUAGUAAACUUUCAAUGCUUUUUUCUUGUUUGGAGCAAGUUUCACUGCAGGGCUAUGAAUGAAUGGUAGUCUGGCAAUUGUGAGGUUACUUGAUUCAUCUACUGAAACCGAUCAAUCUAUUAAUUCUUGUCCCACUUCUUCCUUUAAGCUUAGAAUUUCAAUUUUCUCCCCAUUUUUGCAUUUCUGACAUGAUCUACAAUCAACACAUCUAAUUUGAUUUCUGAACCAACUUCUUCUACCUGAUCGAAUAUUUUAACAUGGUAAAUCAUAUUCAAACCAAAAUAAAGCCUAUUUUGAAUGUUAUGAACUUUGGACAGAGAAAUAUCCUGGAGUAAUGUAAUAAGUUUUGAUAACCCGUGUUGCAAAGUAUCGGGACUUUUUAUUUUCCACAGCAGACCAAAUUUCUUAACAUCUUCCGAGUUUCUUUUGAAGCAUUGUUUUGGAAUCACGUCAAGAUGAUUUUUUGUAAGUAAGUCUGGUAACAAUUUUGAAGGUGUUGUUUUUGAAUAAAGCUUCUCAAACAUGGAUUGUAAUGAAUAAAUAUUAAGCUUUGAUUUAUAAUCUUUGAAUUUCUCCAAUUUUAUAUUAAGGUUUGAUGAACUAAACAAUUUCUCUUUGGAUAACUCCCUGAUUUGAAUUUCAGUUUUAAGAUUUUCGACAUAUUCCUUCUUUUGAAAAUUUAAUUUUUCAUAAGCUUCUAUUAUCGUUUGCAAAAUACUUUCCUUAUCUGGAUAUUCAGGCGGGACAGUGUCCAACAAAUACUGGAUUUUCUUUGCUUGACAAAGUUUAAGUUGUAAAUUUGAUUCCUUUUUAACUAUUUCAUUGUUUAAUGUGUCUUUGUUGACUUGAAAAUCUUUUGAAAGUUCAUUUAUUAUGCGAAAAAUUUCAUUGAUGACAAAAGCAGUAGUUUAAAUUUUUUGUUUCGUAAUUUCAAAAUGAUGUUUUUCGUUUGAAAUGUCUUUAUUGGUACAAUCCGCUUUCUCUUUUUCUCUAAUUGAUUUUCUCAGAUCUUUGGCAGACUUGAUAUAAGUUUUGAUGUUAGCAAAAGACAUUUCAACGUUUUUGGCAAAUUCUGUUUCGAAUUUAGUUUCACCAAUAUUUAAUUUGAUUUGAAUAGAAAGCGAACGCAAAUUUGACCUUUUAAUCUUGAUUUUUUCAACACAAACAUCAAUAUCUCAAAUAACAGCGGCAAAUGAGUCGAUUUCAUUCUCAUCAACAAAAUCGUUUAUGUUGGCAAGUAAAGCAUUGAUUUCAACAAUUUUAUCAUUUGCCAUAUCUAAAUCAUCAACACUGAUGUUUUGGAGUAAAUUUGAAAGUUCCUUUAUUGAUCUGUCACACCUUGAUGCGAUUUCCUUUUGGGUUUUUUUGCCCAUAUUGUGCAAAAGUUUAUAAUCAAUUCUGGAUUGGACUUCUUUUACUCAUGAAUUUUUAAAGUAAGGUUCGACGUUUUGUAGGUUUGGGUUAAUAGUUGUUUGAAUGUUAAGUUUUCGCGGGAUCACAAAAAACCCUGAUAGAAUUGUUUGGAACUUUUGUUAAACAAGGUUCAAACUAGGAAAAUACACAGAAAAUAUAAAAAUACGAAAAAAACACAACACUUAAAUUUGAAAUGAAUAAUAAAUAAAUAAAUAACAAAUGUAUACCAACUAUUCUUAACAGGGCUUGGAAGGAUGAACAUUGUGAGUGUUUAACUUUCUUGAACUUCUUUAACAGACGCAAAUUUAUUUUAAAUUUGAUAAAAUAAAACUUCGUAAAUUUUGCGUUUGAAAUUUGAUUUGAACUUGUUACUUUGUCUUUUGAGCAGGAAUGAAAAAAAAAACGUGAAAAAAAACUACAUAUAAAUUCUAUCAAUAAAAAUAGCAAACUUGAGACACAAAUAUAAAACACAAGUUAAUUACGCAAUACACCAUAAAAGAACAAUAAAACAUGCACGUAACAAACAUAUUGAACACGAAACGAACGUAUAGUAUCAUAUAACACGAAAUCAACACAAAUCCAGUGUUAACUGUACAUAUAUAGCCUUUUGUUUCAAGUAAAUACUACAUAAAACUAGAGUAAAACUUAUAUUUUUUUGUAGAUAUUUUGUAAUAAAUAAUUUUAAAAAUAUCAUGACUUAUUAUCAAGUUCCAUCGUAUGCACAAGGGUUUGUGCAAAGCACAGCAUUAUACCCAAGACCUGUUGUUUAUCCUGCUGGUACUGUAAUUGCUCCUCCUGCACCCACUGUUCUGGCAGCUGGUACUACGAUCAUCCCAUCAGGAGGACGAAUAAUCACUCCUGCACCUGUUGUGCAGACUAUUCAAACAGUUCCGGGAAAUACAGUUUUUGUUCAAAAUCCAGCACCAGCUGUUGUCGUGCAUUACCAGAAUGGCUCUACAGCAUCUAAUUUAGCUCGAUCAGUUGGAGGAGCAGUUGCUUCUGCUAUGCAAAGUGAUGUUGUUCAAGAAGCUGCAAAAGGAUUUGUUAAUGAAAUGGAUAGACAUGCUAAAAGCCCUUUACUUGAUUGUUUUAUGAGGGGAAGUGGCAUACAGUUACGUUCUAAAGCUGGAGGGAAAAUGCUGCGAGUUUUGGCAGAUGGAAGUGUUGAUUGUAAGGGUGACAUUGGAAAUGACUAUAAUGCACACUUUUUGGUACUUGAAAGGUAUGAGAAUAAAGUUGUUCUCCGUAAUGGUGAAAAUAAUGCAUAUCAUUUGAAAAUAACAGAUGGUCUACCUUCCACAAGUAUGACACCAGCAUAUCUAGUGUUGCAUGAGACUUUGGAUCACUAUGUGACGUUGAGGGAUCAACUUUCAGGCCAGUGUUUUGGUGUUGAUGCUAAUAAUAACAUACUGCCAUCACAAUUUGUCAGUGCAUUAGGUGAUGAAGCGAAAUUUGAAGUCAAUCUUGCUUAUAGUCCAUAUGGCCACACAUACGAACCAAGACAUUAGUUGGCGUACGAAAAAGAAAAGGCAAAAGGGAGUACUGAGAGAAUGUUUCUUUUGAAAUUAUUAUUACAUGUUUAAUGAUCUUUGAGUCAACAAUUCUUAGUUGUUAUUGUACAUAAAUUUAAAAAUUGCACUCAUAGUUUUACGUGACAUAAAUCAGUAAGUUGGUUUGAUAAGAAUUGAUAUUGGAGCGUUAGGGUUGAUAUAGAUUUUAUUUUAAAUGAGCACUGAAAUGCUGUACAACAACAAAACUAUAUAACCGCCUCAUAAAUGGAAUUUGUUGGUUGUUAUUUUUUGUUAUUUUUUUGUAUUUCUUUACGUAAUCAUUUUUCUUUUUUUUUUUUUUUUUUUUUUUUACAUUUUUACAUCACACUUUCUUGUGUUGUACAUUAUUAAUGUGUUAUACACCUGUGAUUAAUGUUGUACGUUCCCUUUUAAUAUUAUUUCUCUAUUCCUGAUGUCUUGUGCUAUUUUUUUUUUUUUUUUACUCUCCAUAUAUCUGUUUAUGCUACGAAAGAAGUCACAUUUUUCAUAUUGGUGAGCACAUUUUUAGCACAUCUUUCAAAUUUAUUUCAAUAAUUUAAUAUAAUUAGUCUUCAAAUAAUUGUAAUAAUUAGUAUAUAAUUGUAAUUUUCUUUUUGUAUAUAUUAUUUUAGUUUUGCUAUUUGUUUCAUAUAAAUUUUGAAGAAGAAAGAAAGGGAGAAAAAAUCAAAUAGAAGAAUGCACAUUAUUUUAACAUGUUUAUAGUUUUUCUUUUAAUAUUUUUAUCUUAUUGGCUGCUUGUGUGAAAUCAAAACAAUUUAUCACGAUAUAACCAGAAAUAGUGUUAACCUGGUUAAUGGCAAUUUCCUGCUUCUUUUUAGGGUAGGCGUUUAUUGGGCAUUUAUUUAGGAAAACUAAAAAUAGUUGUGUUAAUAUAAAAAGGGUGUAAUUUCAAUUUAUUUUUUAGUUUUUUAGCAUGGGUUCUAUUUUUGGCAGUUAAAGCUGUGUUUUAUUUUAAAAGCGUUAUGUCUUAAAGAGGUGACGUCGACUAUCUAUAU